AUGCUUCGCAUUCCGAGUCAACGAAGACCACCUCAAACAAGUACACACAACGCUGUACCGAGUACUUACGGUUACAACAAUCCAGUACCUAGCACUUCCGGCUAUAAUUAUCCAGUGCCCAGUACUUCCGGAUAUAACGAUCCUGUACCCAGUACUUCCGGAUAUAAUGAUCCCGUACCCAGCACUUCCGGAUAUAACGAUCCCGUACCCAGCACUUCCGGAUAUAACGAUCCCGUACCCAGCACUUCCGGAUAUAACGAUCCCGUACCCAGUACUUCCGGAUAUAAUGAUCCCGUGCCCAGCACUUCCGGAUAUAACGAUCCCGUACCCAGUACUUCCGGAUAUAAUGAUCCCGUGCCCAGCACUUCCGGAUAUAACGAUCCCGUGCCCAGCACUUCCGGAUAUACUGAUCCCGUACCCAGUACUUCCGGAUAUAAUGAUCCCGUACCCAGCACUUCCGGAUAUAACGAUCCCGUACCCAGCACUUCCGGAUAUAACGAUCCCGUACCCAGCACUUCCGGAUAUAACGAUCCCGUACCCAGUACUUCCGGAUAUAAUGAUCCCGUGUCCAGUACAUCCGGAUAUAAUGAUCCCGUACCCAGUACUUCCGGAUAUAAUGAUCCAGUACCCAGCACUUCCGGUUGUAAUAAUCCAGGGCCCGGCGCUUCCGGUGACGAUCAAUUUCUUCUCAGCACCUGUUCUGAGGAAGAAUCAGUACAAAGUAGCUGUGAUUAUAGUGAAGAAAGCAGUACCACGUCUGACCAUGAAACAGCAUCUAUUGUUGCUGUCGUACCCAGCAGCGCUUCGAAGGACAAAGCAGCAUCCAAUACCGCUGAUUGUUCGUCUGACAAUAAAGCAGUGGCAACAUCUGCUGGGGGCCCUAAAAGUAAGGACCCAGUAGAACGACGUGGUCCGCCUGGAUUAAAUGUUUACGCGAAAGAGUUUAGACCCUCGCUUGAUCCAAGGAGCGCCUACAUGGAAAACUGGACAGGGUGCAAAUAUGUGCCAAAGAAGGGUCGUCAUGUAGUGUUUACUGACGACCAAAUUAACGAAGUUCGACAAUAUGUGGGUUGUAACGCCCUCAUCGUUGUCGCUGGCCAAAGUUAUGACCGAUUUAAGAUUGGACAUGUGUACAACAUGGAUUAUGUGUUGGAACUAUUUAAUUUUCCCCAACAUCACUGUAUAAAUGCAAUAAAACGGACGUACAAAGAACAGCCGUAUUACUUACGACUUUUUCAGGGCAGAGCAUUACUUGUUGGACGCUCAAUAGACCAAGCACGGCGACUACACGCGAUAAAAAGCGAGGGUAUCAAGUCCCGACUAUUUAAGCAAGCGAGUCCAUUGGCCGUCGUUAUCGGCUACUAUGAGCGCUUAUCGCCUGCGAAACUAAGAGGUUAUUUGUAA